AUGCGCCUCACCCUGCAGGCCGGCCCACAGCUCACCUUCCAGGUCGACGUGGACCCCGAGCACACGGUGAGAGCCCUCAAAGAGAAAAUCGAGCUGCAGCAGGGCGGGGAUGCCUUUCCAGUGGCGCAGCAACGGCUGCUGUAUGCCGGCCAAGUGCUCCAGGACGGCGCUGCUCUCAAAGACUACCACCUGGAUGAGCACAAAGUGGUAGAGGUGCUGCUGGCCGAGCCCACCGCGGCUGCCACGGCAGGGCCGGCCGUGCCCAGGGCCACGGACACCGGCAUGGCCACGGACACUGGCACGGCCAAGGACACCUUCACGGGCACGGGCACGGGCACAGACACGGCCACCAGCACGGCCAUGGGCAGGGCCGGGCAGUCACAGCCUGCCCCCUCUGCUGCCCUGGCGUCCUGCCCGUCGGCAGCUGCAGCUCAGGCCCCAGCGCCUGGCCCUGCCUGGACGGCCACCUCCGACACAGCGUCUGCCCAGCCCGCCGCACUCGCUGCCCCUGCGCCUGAGCCACCUGCACCACAGGCGGCACCCGCGCCAGGUGCCACCUUCCCAGCAGCCAGCGACGCGGCCGCCGCCGCCGCCGCCGCCGCCGCAGGACCCUCGACCGGCUCCAUGCUGUGGGAACACGCGGCAGGUGCCCUGGCCUCAGGCCCAGCCUAUGAGCAGGCCAUCACGGACCUCGUGUCCAUGGGCUUUGAGCGACGGCAGGUCCUGGCAGCCCUGAGAGCCAGUUACCACAACCCACACCGAGCUGUGGAGUACCUUCUCGUGGGCAUCCCUGGACACACAGAAGGGCGGGCCGCGCACCAGCCCCCUGCAGCCGCGGGUCGCAGGGCUGCUGGCUCAUCGGCAGACGCUGCGUGGGCAGCGGCGGCAGAGGCUUUGGCAUCUUCUAGCAAACAACUGCUGGACUUUCUCAAGACUGGCUCUGGCCCUGCAGGCCUGGCUCGGGGCCAGCAGAGCUCCAGCGAGCUGACAGCCCAGGAACAAGAAGCUAUCGACAGGCUGAAGGUCCUGGGCUUUCCUGAAGCACUGGUGAGACGCACGUAUCUAGCUUGUGACAAGGACGAGGAGCUGACUGCCAAUUUCCUCAUAGAGCACUACCUGGAGGAGGACUACCUGGAGGAGGACUGA